AUGGCUAAGGCCCUUGCGGCCACGCCAGGCAAAGACAUUAUCCCCACGAACUCAGGCGAGCUCCCGGCACCAAUCGACACGCUCGCAAACCCUCCAUUCAUAGUAGUCGAAAAGUUGUUGUUGAGUACUGACGCGGUUUUGCCAGUUCAUGCGUGGGGUGUUCCAGCAGAGCAUCCAGUCACGAUUGGCACCGGCGUUGUUCUGUCCUCUGUAGACGAUUGCCUCCUUAGAUGGGCCCAUGAGGCGGCCCCGGACAUGGAGGAACCCGGCCCACUGCCCAUUCUGAAUAACUUGAGGAUAAGGGGAGCGCCACGUGUUGCCCUCCCAAGUGUGGCUGAGGACGAAUGA